AUAUACAUACAGCAUUGACUUGCUGAAUGGUAUAGAUCAGUCAAAACCAGCUCAAAUUAACUCGCGAGCACACACGACGAACCGAAUAUAUCAGUCGUCGAAGCGUAAGCCAGUGUAAGCACACAUGGAGCAGCAGAAGCAGGACGCCGCCGAGGACGUGGUCAUUGUCGGCGCCGGCCUCGCCGGUGUCGGCGUCGCCCUGGGACUCCACAGGAAGGGCGUGCGGAGCGUGGUGCUGGAGUCGUCGCCGGCGCUCCGGACGUCCGGCUUCGCGUUCAUGACAUGGACCAACGCCUUCCGCGCGCUUGACGCCCUCGGCGUCGGCGACAAGAUGAGGAGCCACCACCUUCAGGUGCAGGGGGUGCGUGUCAUGUCUCCGACUACCGGGCAAGUGGUGCGAGAGCUGGAUCUCCGGGUGCAAGGAAAACUGGGACCCCACGAAGCCCGGUGCGUGCAGCGGAACGUGCUGCUCCAGGCGCUGGAGGAAGAGCUUCCGGCAGGCACCAUCCGCUACAACUCCAGGAUCGUCUCCAUCGACGACGACAAAGAAAAAGACGGCGGCGGCGAUGCCAAGAUCCUGCAUCUCGCCGACGGCUCGACGCUCCGAGCAAAGGUGCUGAUCGGCUGCGACGGGAUCAACUCGGUGGUGGCCAGAUGGCUGGGGCUCGCCAAGCCGCUCGACUCCGGGCGCAGGGCCACGCGGGGGCACGCCAAGUACUCCGACGGCCACGGGUUCCAGCCCAAGUUCAUGCAGUUGAGCGGCAACGGCUUCCGUGCCGGCCUGGUGCCCUGCGGCGACACGGACGUGUACUGGUUCCUGACGUGGUCACCUUCCUGUCCGGACGGCAAGGAGGACGUCGACCAGAGCCCGGCGGAGAUGAAGCAGUUCGUCCUGGCCAAGCUGCGGAGCAUCAUGGCACCAGACGAGGUUCUGGAUGCGGUCGAGAGGAGCGAGAUGAACGACGUCCUCGUGGCGCCGCUGCGGUACCGCCCGCCGCUGUCGCUCCUGUUCGGGAGCAUCAGCAAGGGGAACGUGUGCGUCGCCGGCGACGCGCUCCACCCCACGACGCCGGACCUGGCGCAGGGCGCGUGCAUCGCGCUGGAGGACGCGGUCGUCCUCGCGCGGUGCCUCGGCGACGCGAUGGCCGGCGACGGCGACGGAGAUGAGACGAUCGAGGCGGCUCUGCGCCGGUACGCCGGGAUCCGGCGGUGGAGGAGCGCGCAGGUGAUUGCGGCGUCCUACAUGGUGGGGCGUGUGCAGCAGAGCGAGCACGCCGUGGUGAGAUUUGCGCGCGACAGGCUGCUGUCAGGGGUGCUCGCCAAGGGGCUCCUCAUGAUGCCCGACUACGACUGUGGCACGCUUUGACUGCCAGUGCGAGGGGUCUCGUUCUGGCAGAAGCCAUUUGUAACGCAGUCUCCUAAAAUCUUAGUCGAACAAGUCUAAGUCGAUUCUGUAGUCGUUUAUAUUCGUGAGAUCCUAUAUUAAGAUAUAUGUAAAAAAAUCAUUUUACAUUUUA